UCUCCAUCGUUCGGCGUCGUAAGUCUCCCCCUCUCGGUCGCAUUUUUCUCCCCCCGCCGGAGCAAAAUUUUCUCGGGGAAAAUCUCUGGCGCGCGCGCUUCUCGACCCGCGGGCAAUCCGAGCUCCUCCCUCGCCCGGGCACCGGCGGGUUCCCCACCUGACCGCGGGGCGUCGAGGAGAGCGCCGAGGGAUGUCGAGGGCGGCGCCUCCGAUCCUCUCGCUGGCCCUGCCGUCGGAGACCGGCCGCGUCCUCAGCAUCCAAUCGCACACCGUCCAGGGGUAUGUUGGCAACAAAUCAGCUGUGUUUCCUCUGCAGCUGUUGGGUUACGAUGUUGACCCCAUCAAUUCAGUACAGUUCUCGAACCACACAGGUUACCCGACUUUCAAGGGUCAAGUGUUGAAUGGACAACAAUUGUGGGAACUAAUUGAAGGCCUUGAGGCGAAUGAUCUACUAUAUUAUACACACUUAUUGACAGGUUAUAUCGGUUCAGUUUCAUUCUUGAAUACUGUGUUGCGAGUUGUUGAUAAGCUGCGGUCUGUAAACCCAAAAUUGACAUAUGUUUGCGAUCCUGUGAUGGGUGAUGAAGGGAAGCUCUAUAUACCUCAGGAGCUGGUGACAGUCUACCGAGAGAAGGUUGUUCCAGUGGCCUCAAUGUUGACUCCUAAUCAAUUUGAAGCAGAACUUUUGACUGGGUAUAGGAUAGUGUCUGAAGGGGAUGGCAGGGAAGCUUGUAACAAGCUUCAUGAUGCUGGACCUUCAAAGGUUGUGAUUACAAGUAUAAGUAUAAAUGGGGACCUGCGCCUCAUAGGCAGUCAUCAAAAGGAAAAGGGUCAGGUUCCUGAGCAAUUCAAGAUCUUGAUUCCAAAAAUUCCUGCUUAUUUCACGGGAACGGGAGAUCUCAUGACAGCACUUCUUCUUGGAUGGAGCAAUAAACAUCCCGACAACCUUGAUAAGGCAGCAGAGCUUGCAGUGUCGAGCUUACAGGCGGUACUUCAGAGAACAGUGAACGACUACAGAAGUGCCGAGUUCGAUCCACAAUCGAGCAGCUUGGAGAUUAGAUUGAUUCAAAGUCAAGACGACAUUCGGAACCCACAGGUCAAUUUCAAAGCGGAAAGAUUCGACUGAACACUAUUCGUUGUCUUAUAUAAUUCAUCAUCUGUAUCAAUUAUAAGACUGCUUUUAAGCCCUGGCUGUUCUUCGAGCUUUUAUUUGGUUUUGUGGCAAUAAUAAGAGGGGGAAAGGUUAGUGUUCUUCUGUA